AUGUCAGAAUCUCACAGAGAUUAUAAUAAAUCGCCAAAUACACUUCCAAGUAACAAUUAUCGCAAUAGUAACAAUGAAACUGAACGAUAUAAUCGAAAAAGAUCACAUCUAGAAAUGGAAAAUAUUGAUGCGAAAGUUUAUGUUGGCAAUGUUUCAACUGAAAAAGUUAGCGAUGAAGAAUUACUGAAUUUCUUCAAACCAUUUGGAAAAAUUGCAGAUAUACGAGUAUUUAAAGAUCAUAUUUAUGUUCAAUAUAAUCGAGUUGAUGAUGCUAAAAAGUUAAUUGAAGAAGCACAAAUGCCUUUAAUACUGAAAGGAAAAAAACUAAAUAUUUUACCGGCAAGAUAUAUGAGGUCAAAAAGUUCAAAAUCCUCUUCAACAGAUAGAUCAUCGAAAAAAAGUCAUGAAAGAACAUUUCACCAACACUCGUCAAAUUAUGAAAUAUCUCGGAAAAGAUUUUCAACACGUGCAAGAUCAAAUUUUAAUUCUAAUAUUAAUGGAAUCGAAUCAGAUAUCCAUGAUCGAAUGAAUAUAUCACUAUCAAGUUCUGAUCUUUGUCGAACUAGUAAUGACUCAACAUCUCGAAAUCAUCAAUUACCAUAUACAGUUUUAACUGAACCUAAAAAUCAGAAUGAUUUAGUUGACUGUCAAAUAAUUAUUGUUAAUAAUCGACAAAGAGCUUAUGCUGAAGAAAUCGAAUCUCGUUUUUGUUCUCAUGGUCUGUUGACAUCCGUAAUACUUCUUCGAGAAGAUUAUACUUUAAUAGAGGCUAUUGCGAAUGCUGCUCGUUUACAAUGCUUAUAUGGAGUUAUUGCAAUGCCUAUGCAUGAAGAACGACGAACUGCUUCUUUUCACAUUCUCUAUGGACAAACAGAAGAACAUCGUAAUUUAACAUUGGAUGAUGGUAUUCACAUAAUAAUAACUAAUUUUAUUUCAUAUAAAGAACGUUUACAUAAUGAAGAAAUGAAUUCAUAUAAUGAAAAUAAUGAUUCAAUUGUUUAUUCUGAAACUAAUGUACCAUAUGAAUAUUCUCAUCCGUCAAAUGAUACGAUCCAAGAAAAUUUAAGUCCACCAAUGUUAACUCUUGGUGACAGAUUACCAUUAUCAAUGUUAUUGUGUCUUUUGGCUGAUGGAAGACAAUUAACAUUAGAAGAAAUUGAUCGUGUACUCGUUUAUUUACUUGAAAAAAAAGCUAAAAUGUUAACAUUACCUGCAGGUACAUUGCCUCCUUUGCCUGCACAAUAUGCAACAAUAAAUGCAUUCAAUCAUCAAACAGGUGCUUUGAUUAAUUUUUUGAAAUUGUAA